UCAUGACAAAACGACAGCAAUUUAGUUCACGAGUGUCUUCUUCAAUGAGCGAGCAAUUUGAGUUUGUUUUACGAUUCAACAUUUUAGUUUCAUGGAGCUUGUGAACGGACUUACGACCCCAAUUACAACAGAGGAGGAAACUAUCGAAGGAACCAACGGUACUGAACACCAUGAAGCAACGAUUUCACCAAAUGGCACUGUUACUAACAGCAGUCUCUCAAUACUGUCGGAUUCACAGUGGGAGUUUAGGGAUCAGAUAGACAUGUCUUCGAAGCAACGGAAGCAAACCAACAGUGAGCUAUGUAGACAAAAAUCCCUUCAGAAUUAUCCCUUGGGGCGAGCUAUGUUGACCGACAUUGACAAGCGGCCGUACAAAUGCGAUAUAUGUGACAAAUCAUUUAAUAAGGAGAGUGUUUUGAACAGACACAGAAAGAUUCACAGUAAUGAACGACCACAUACAUGUGAGAUAUGUGGCAAAGGAUUCCUUCGGAAGUCGUAUAUGAAUGAACAUAUGCUAACUCACACUUUUCACACAAAGAAUCACAGUAAUGAACAACCGCAUAACUGUGAGAUAUGUGGCAAAGGAUUCCUUCACAAGCGUCUUCUUAUGCAACAUUUGUUAACUCACACUGGCGAGCGGCCGUACAUAUGCGAGAUAUGUGGCAAAGGAUUCCUUUACAAGUGUCUGCUUGAGCGACAUGUGUUAACUCAUACUGGCGAGCGGCCGUACAAAUGUGAUAUAUGUGACAAAUCAUUUAAUAAGGAGAGUGAUUUGAACAGACACAGGAAGAUUCACAGUAAUGAACGACAGCAUAAGUGCGAGAUAUGUGGCAAUGAAUUCUUUCAUAAGUGUCACCUAAACCGUCAUAUGGUAACUCACACUGGCGAGCGACCGUAUAAAUGUGACAUAUGUGACAAAUCAUUUAAACAUCAGAGUGCACUAACUUUACACACAAAGAACCACAGAAAUGAACAACCGCAUAAAUGUGAGAUAUGUGGCAAAGGAUUCCUUCGAAAGUCGAAUAUGAAAGCACAUAUGGUAACUCACACUGGCGAGCGACCGUAUAAAUGUGACAUAUGUGACAAAUCAUUUAAACAUGAGCGUGCGCUAACGUUUCACACAAAGAAUCACAGUAAUGAACAACCGCAUAAAUGUGAGAUAUGUGGCAAAGGAUUCCUUCACAAGUGCCUGCUUAUGCAACAUUUGUUAACUCACACUGGCGAGCGGUCGUACAAAUGCGAAAUAUGUGGCAAAGGAUUCCUUAACAAGUGCCUGCUUACGCAACAUUUGUUAACUCACACUGGCGAGCGGUCGUACAAAUGCGAAAUGUGUGGCAAAGGAUUCCUUUACAAGUGUCUGCUUAUGAAACAUUUUUCAACUCACACUGACGAGCGGCCGCACAAAUGCGAGAUAUGUGGUAAAAGAUUCCAUCGGAAGUAUUUGCUUAUGAAACAUAUGGUAACUCACACUGGCGCGUGGCCACACAAAUGCGAGAUAUGCGACAAAGGAUUCGUGAAGAAGUGGUGUAUGAAAGAACAUAUGGUAACUCACACUGGCGAGCGACCGUAUAAAUGUGACAUAUGUGACAAAUCAUUUAAACAUCAGAAUACACUAAGUUUACACACAAAGAAUCACAGUAAUGAACAACCGCAUAAUUGUGAGGUAUGUGGUAAAGGAUUCCUUCGGAAGUAUCUGCUUAUGGAACAUAUGCUAACUCACACUGGCGCGUGGCCGCACAAAUGCGAGAUAUGCGACAAAGGAUUCGUGAAGAAGUCGUGUAUGAAAGAACAUAUGGUAACUCACACUGGCGAGCGACCGUAUAAAUGUGACAUAUGUGACAAAUCAUUUAAACAUCAGAAUACACUAAGUUUACACACAAAGAAUCACAGUAAUGAACAACCGCAUUAAUGUGAGAUAUGUGGUAAAAGAUUCCCUCAGAAGUAUCUGCUUGAGCAAUAUAUCUCGCCAAUAAACGAAAUUUGUUUUUUUUUCGCGUUCAAUCAUUUAUUGUUUCAGUUUCUUUUUACUUUGCUGUGUAUUUUUACAUUUUAAGUGAUACAAAAUA